GUCUUCAGUAAUAAACAGACGUCGAACGCAGGCGGUUCUCCAAGCGUAAUUUGUAUCUGCUGCGUGUUCUGUGUUCUCAGUGUUGUGUGUUAUAUGUACUGCGUAUCUGUAUCUAUCGCUUCGCAACGGCGACCCCUCUUGAAUCCAUCCAAAACGUAAACCGAAAAACAGCAAACAAUAAGAAAUAAGCAAUAAGAAGAAUAUACGAAAAACACCCACCAAAAUACACACACACACAACAGAGAAAGGCAAAAAUAAAGCCGGUUCAGUUCGGUUCAGUUCGCUAAGGCAUGCCAAGGAUGCAGUGCAUUGAACAUUUUGUAUCUUUGGGAUACAAAUUAAGUUGAUUUGUUGCGCUCGCCGUGUGUGCGCUUUUCGAAGUUUAAGUCGCUGUCCUGCCCCGGUCUGAUCUGGUCUGGACUGGCCUGGUCUGGGUAAUUGAACUGCACCCCGUACACGCAACACAAUCAAAAGAGUAUCUGGCCCCCGUCUUCUGGCUUGCAUUUUGUGUAUCUAGAUACCUUUGUCGGUAACGGUGUCGGUCUCGGUCUCGGCCUCAGUAUCGCAGCGUCGUCGCAGUUUCAGUCGCAGUUGGUGUCGAUAUCGCUGCCAUUACAAUUUGACGACAGCAAAGGCAGCAGCUUGCUUGUCGCUUGUCAAUCUAGGCGCUGAUAAAAAACCACAAAACAUAAACCAACAUCAACAAUAACAACAAUAACAACAACAACUAGCAGCAAGUGCCGUGAAUCGUCUUGGUAUCUCUUUUUUGCCUUUUGGUCGCCGUGUUCAGUGAUAAAUGCAUUUCAUGCGUUCCAACUAUGUAAAUACCAAUUUAAUUUGAGUGUCUACAGUAAAUACAGCACACAGUGCCCAACUCCCUCCGAGCCGUUCAAAAAGGCAGUCAGCAGUCAUCAUCAGUUGGAAUCGUUGUCGCUGUCGCUGUCGUCGUAGUUGUCGUUGUCGUUGUCGCUGUCGUUGUCGCUGUCUGACUGGGCCGGGCAUCCAAAUAUUGAAUAUUUACACAUGCGUUGAGAGUGGAGUGCAUUUUCGAGUGCCUGCACUUACGAGUAUAGCCCACUGUGCUCCAAAGGGAUAUACUCGCAUAUACUCGAGUACGAUACGGAUACGAAUACGAAUUUGAGUACCUAUAUAAUCAUCACCAUUAUCAUCAUCAUCGUCGUCACUUUGUCCGAGUGCAUGUGUGUGCGAGUGAGUGUGUUAACAUAGUUUGCUAAUUGCUAACAAGCAUUCCCUGAGAAUCUAUCGCACACAACGCAACACAACACAACAAUCAAUGGAUAUGAAUAUGCUGUUGAUGCUCAGCCUGGCGAUUGCUCUAUGCGCUCCCAGCCUGGCCAGCUCAUCACGUUCCAUUCAACCGGGCCAGAGUCAGGCCAUCAUCGAGAACGAUGCCGUUGACUUUAGCUGCGAGGCAAGGGCAAGUGGACCCUCCAGCGAUUUGCAUUACGAGUGGUUGCAUAAUGGUCAGCAAAUUGUGUAUGACAAACGUGUGCAACAAAUCGACGGCAAUUUGCAUAUCGAGUCGGUGCAACGCGACGAUGCCGGCGACUUUGUGUGCAUUGCAACCAGUGUGGCCAGCGGCGCCAGGCAGGAGUCGCCUUCAGCUAAAUUGAGCGUGAUAUAUCUGGACUCGGCAAGCGUGCAACUGCUGGGCAGCAAUCGAAACGAGUUGUUGCUCAAGUGCCACGUAGAAGGGGCCUCUGGCGAUGAGCCGUUGCGCAUUGAAUGGUAUCGGGACAGCGCCAAGCUGAGCACCUGGCAGAAUGUGGAGCUGCAACAGCAUCGAUUGCUGGUGCGACAGCCGAGCAGCGCCGAUGAUGGCUUCUACCGCUGCAUUGCCUCCAAUGCGGCGGCGCGUGUGAUGAGCAAACAGGGCUUUGUGUAUCAGCAUCAGCACGAGAAUCAUACGAGCGGCAUACCCAAGUGCCUGCCCAGGUUGAAGAAGAACCAAAAGCUGCCAGAGUCGUGGGGCAAGCAAGUGUUCUUGUGUCGCGGCAAACGUGGAGGUGCCGGCGGCAUGGAUCAAUCACUGUCACUGCCACCAUCUCCCGAUGGUCUGCGCAUUGAGCAAGGCCCCAACGCCAAGCUAAUCAUCAAGGAGGGAGACGCGGCUGCCCUCAGUUGUCUCUACGAACUGCCCGCCGAGCUGCAAAAUCAACGCAUUCAGCUGCGUUGGCGGAAGGAUGGCAAAGUGCUGCGACAUGUGGAGCUGGGAAGUGCACUCAUACCCGGUCAGACACUGGACUUCAGCAAGGACGCCCUGCUGCGUGAAGACGGUCGCCUUGUGCUGCACAAGCAGAAUGGCACCCUUAGCUUUAGCAGCAUUAUUGCCAGUGAUGCCGGACAAUAUAUGUGCCAAUUGCAGCUGGAGGGUCAUGUGGCAGUCAACUCAGCACCUGGGACUUUGGAGGUCAUUGAGCAGCUGAAAUUUAUGCCGCAGCCGACGUCGAAAAACCUGGAGCUUGGCAUUCUCGGCAAGCUGCACUGCAAGGCACAGGGCACUCCAACACCACAGGUUCAAUGGCUGAGGGAUGCGGCGAAUGACUCGCUGCCAGAGCACGUGGAUGACAUCAAUGGCACUUUAACCUUUAAGAAUGUGACCGCCGAGCAUCGAGGCAACUACACGUGCAUGGCCAGCAAUAGCCAGGGACAGAUUAACGCCACAGUCUCCAUAAAUGUGGUGGUCACACCAAAGUUUAGCGUCGCACCCGUGGGACCCAUUGAGACAACCGAACAGGGCGUGGCUGUCAUACACUGUCAGGCAAUUGGAGACCCCAAGCCAACGAUACAGUGGGACAAGGACUUGCAAUUCCUUAGCGAGAACAACACGGAUCGUCAGCGUUUCAGCUUCUUGGAAAAUGGCACACUCGAAAUCCGCAAUGUCCAGGCCGAGGAUGAGGGUAAAUACGGCUGCACAAUUGGCAACAGUGCGGGAUUGAAGCGCGAAGAGGUUCGUCUGCUGGUGCGCAGCAAUGGCGAUGGUUUCAUCACCGAGGAAUCAGCUGGGGAUGGUUUUCUAGUGACACGUGCCGUGCUCAUCACCAUGACCGUUGCCUUGGCCUACAUUGUGCUUGUGGUGGGACUGAUGCUCUGGUGUCGCUAUCGUCGCCAGGCGCGCAAGGCUCGCCUCAAUGAGAUGAGCAUUAAGGAGGCCGGCGGUGAUCAGCCGGAAUCGGGAAAGAACACUGAGCAGGAGCCAUGUCUGGCGAAGCAAUCACGCAACGGACACAGCAAAUCUCGAGGCGCCAACGGGGAUGCCCAGAAAUCCGAUGACACCGCCUGCAGCCAACAGUCGAGGGCAUCAAAGAAAUCGGCUCAUAUCUACGAGCAACUGGCUUUGCCUCGCUCCGGUCUCAGCGAGCUCAUACAAAUUGGACGCGGAGAGUUUGGCGACGUCUUUGUUGGCAAGCUGAAGGCUUCGCUGGUGUCGACGCAGUCACAAAGUGACAAGGACACGGAUCCGGAGAAGCAGCACAGCAACAGCGAGAAUGGCAGCGGAGCCAGCGGCAGCGGAAGCACUACAUUGAGUACGCUGAACGAGAAGCGUCGCUCUAAGACCUCAAUGGAUGACAUCGAGGAGAUCAAAGAGGAGGAACCGUCACAGCCAGACCAAACGGAAACCACACCCGAUCAACUGGUGCUGGUCAAGGCACUCAACAAGGUUAAGGAUGAGCAGGCUUGCCAGGAGUUCCGACGACAACUCGACUUGCUACGCGCCAUCUCGCACAAAGGUGUCGUGCGUCUGUUUGGUCUGUGCCGGGAAAAGGAUCCGCACUACAUGGUUCUCGAGUACACAGACUGGGGAGAUCUCAAACAAUUUCUACUGGCCACCGCUGGCAAGGUAAACACUGCCACAGCUGGAUCCUCACCACCGCCACUAACUACAAGUCAAAUGUUGGCUGUGGCUUAUCAAAUAGCCCGUGGCAUGGACGCCAUCUAUCGCGCCCGAUUCACACACAGAGACUUGGCCACUCGCAACUGCGUUAUCUCCAGUGAAUUUAUCGUGAAAGUAGCUUAUCCGGCACUGUGCAAGGAUAAAUAUAGUCGGGAAUAUCACAAGCAUCGCAACACGCUGCUGCCAAUCCGCUGGCUGGCACCGGAGUGCAUCCAAGAGGAUGAGUACACCACCAAAAGCGACAUCUUUGCCUUCGGUGUGGUGGUGUGGGAACUAUUCAAUCAAGCCACCAAGCUGCCCCACGAGGACCUAACCAAUGAGCAUGUGGUGCAACGUGCGAUGGCCAACACACUGGAAUGGUCCGUAGCCGAUAGUACACCAGCCAGCCUCAAGGAGAUUUUGCUCACCUGCUGGUUGACCAAUCCCAAAGAACGCCCAUCCUUCAGUCAGUUGGGAGCCGCGCUCAGCAAGGCCAUGCAAAGUGCUGAGAAAUAAUUAGCGACAGCGUUGCCAGAUUGAUGACUGAAUUAGUGUUGGCAAACGUUAUAACUUAACAUUAACAUUUGCUAACUACGCCAAAUAUAAUUUGUAGUAUUUUUCAUAGUAUAUAGAGGAGUACUCGCAAAAUGCCGCAGCAUUUGCUUGAACCAUUUGCGAGAGUCCAAUGUUAUCGCAUCGUACUGAGUUCUAUGUAUUUAAAUGCUAGGCGUGUGUUCAACAUGCGCACUUAAUGCUAAACCUAGGAUAAGAAUACGUAUAAUCACACAACUACAUACAUACAUAGAAAAUUGUGUAUGCAGUUGAAUUGUAAAAACCGCAAGCAUUGAUAUCUUCUCUAAAGUAUUUGCGUGGUGCUGCAUAAAAUAUGCAGCUAAAAUGUAAAUAAAAACUGCCACAAACAAUUUGCAAUUAAACCAGUUGAAGCAUUUAUAGCCGUAGCCUUUGGGGUAUUUUGAGAAAUAUUUUCAAAUCUCCCAAAACAUGCGAAUAUAUAUAUUUAAUGAUAAGAUCAAUUUUAUAAUGUAAUCUUACAUACUGAUAAACAAACAAUUUGAAGCAUUUACAUAAGUUCAUAAAUAUUUAUAAUUAAAUUAUUUAUAAUUAAAUUAAAUAAAAUACACAACAAUGAAUUACAACGAGUAUUUUAAUUUCCAAAUUCAAUUACCUACUUAAGCCAAAUUUUUAAACAUAAAUACAUACAUACUUACGUAUAACAUAAUUUCUAAAUACAUAAAAAGCAAAUAAAUCGUAACAAAUUUAUAACUAGCCGUUUAAGCUUUGAUGCAUGUUUACAAAACAUUUAAAUGAAAUAAUAAAC